AUAAAUUCCCUAAUCGACGCUCGCUUCAGACAGUCUUUCCUUUCUUUUAUACUGUGAAGGGGUGCUCUGAGAUCACAUAGAAAAAUGGUGAAGGCCGUUGCCGUGCUUAGUAGCAGUGAAGGUGUCAGUGGAACUGUUUUCUUCACUCAAGAGGGAGAUGGUUCAACUACUGUGACUGGGAACAUUUCUGGUCUUAAUCCUGGGCUCCAUGGCUUCCAUGUCCAUGCCCUUGGGGACACAACAAAUGGUUGCAUGUCAACAGGACCCCAUUUUAAUCCUGCUGGCAAAGAGCAUGGUGCCCCAGAAGAUGAGAAUCGCCAUGCGGGUGAUCUUGGAAAUGUUAAUGUUGGUGAUGAUGGCUGUGUGAGUUUCACUAUUAUUGACAAACAGAUUCCUCUCACUGGGCCACACUCAAUUAUUGGAAGGGCUGUUGUUGUCCAUGCAGAUCCUGAUGACCUUGGCAAGGGGGGCCAUGAGCUUAGCAAAACCACCGGAAAUGCUGGUGGCAGGUUAGCUUGCGGUAUAAUUGGUCUGCAAGGCUGAAGCUUUUAUCGUGGUGGCCAGAAUAAUACAUGCGGUUGGUGAUGCGAUGGCCUCGAGAGUAACUUUUAUAUGAAGUUGAGACUUUGUGAAUAAAAAGAAAAAGACUCCUUCUUGUGUACUUUUGUUGUGUCUGUUUUAUGACUUGAAAGAGCCCGUCCCCUUACUGCCGCUUUUAAAGUUUAAAGUGGUUCCUCCGUGUGCUGAAUGCUUAAUUUUGGUGGUCUCCCCUGCUUGUUCUUUUUCCUUGUGGUAAUAGCCUCAUGGUUCAGCCAUUUGGCACCCAAUUUGGUUGA